AGUGCAACUGUUGCUUUCUUGUUUAGAGGGCAACCUUAAAAUCGCGAAGGGCUCUCAAGUACACGCAGGGCGCGAAUUCACUCGUUCGCGAGUUUCGAACUAAUUAUAUUUUUCAUUAGAAUAUUAUUUUCAGUAUUUAGUAGGGUGGUUGAGUUUGUUUUAACGCGUGAGUGUUGUUUUUGUAUUGAUUCCAUAAUUUCACGUUAAAUUGUGAAUGUCCUUAAAUAUCUUUCUUCGAAUCCUUGGAUCGUUAUUAAAAACGUGAGGAAUUCCCAAUACAUCAAAAGUGUGAAAUUACGUAACAGGAAUCAGAAACAAGUUGAGGAAUGCUUUCAAAUUGUCAUGCAGAAACAACGACGAGAGUUAGGCUUGAAGCGCUUCUGGUCUGCUGUAAAAUCUUCCAAUAGCAGCUCAGGGUCUCAAUGCGACGUUGGACCCGAAGAUUCCCCCAAUGAAGAAACUAAACCACCACAUUGUUCAUUGCCGUUACUUCAGGUAUGGCCAAGUUCAGAUUCCCCAAGAGGCGAAGCGGAUGGACAAAGUUUCGUUUUUCCGGUUUGCGCGGAAGACGCGUCGUCACACAAUUCAACUUGUAUCGACAACGCAAUACACAACGAUUCUGGAAUUGAUUCCAAUCAGGUUUCACCUCUACCAUCAACAGCUGGAACCUCCACCACUCCUUUGCAAUCCCCAACUCCAAGUUUGAGACGUCCGAGUAGUUCUUUACUUCAUCCGGAUCAUGCUAGGCUAUUAAGGUUGUAUCCAAUCAUAUCUCCACCCCAAAGCUCGGUAGAAGAUCUGUCAGAUGUUAAUACGAAUUGUAGCAAUCCCGUUGUAUCACCUUCGUCUUCAACUACUUCGUCGUUAACAUCGAUAGCAGCUGCCGUUGCAGCUAAUAACACAUCAAGAGCAAGUGAUAGUUCAGACAGUAGAAGAAGAUCUUCCAUAAUGACAGCUAGAUACUCAAUUUUUGACGCGUUAGAUCUCGAAUAUGCUCUACUUAGAGCAGCUGCGAGAGGAAGUGUAGGACCUUAUUCGCUCAGUGAAAGUUUACAUAAGCUAACCUUUACUCAAAGUCUUGCUUUUCCAGCUUUGGCACGAGGUUUAGCCGGUAAAAGAAGACGAUCUCAACAGAAUCACUCGAGGAGACCUUUAAAUCCGGAUGAAAGCGGAUUAAACACAUUUGCGAAGUUAGUGACAGCUAUGGUAUUGGUUUUAGUGAGUGUGUUAGUGUUUGCUGUCGUUUAUAAAUUUGUGAGGACGUGAGGAUUGCUUCUAGCUCCUGGGGGGGCUAGACAAGGCAGCUUCACCUUAAGAAAUUCCAGUGACUCAUUGAAAAAUUUUCCGGAAAUCACAUAAAAUUUCGAAUCAUUACUUUUAAAUAAAGAACGAUAUGAAACGUUACCAUAUUUGUCGGAAUAGGACUAAAUAAUAUAUAUUAUUGAGGAAUUUUUGCGGUUGCUAGGUUCGGGUACAGAAAAUGUUUAUAAUGUAUAUAUUAAUAUAAAUCCCUUUGGGAUUUUAUCGAAUAUCUGCUGUCUUCUGUUUUUUGAAGAUAAACUAAUUAAGAAUAUUUGGUUUCUAUUUGUACCAAAUUGAUCAUUAUAUGAUUAUGUUGGUUGGAAAAUAUACCAAAGUUUCAACCUUCUAAAUGUUUUAUCAGCGAUGGGCGGCUUCCAGGCCAACACAAGUAUGUAAUUUCGUACCAGUAUUGUGAAUACUACUAUCAACUUCUAAACUUGAUUACUAAAAAGUUUUUAAAGCUAAUCUGUAAUUUGAAAUGAAUUCAAUAAUUCAAAUACCAUUUUUCUCAUUCUUACACACUCUUCUGAAAAUUACUGGAAAUUUAGAAUAAAUCAAGACACGACAAAAAAGGAAUGAAAAUAAUGGGAAAGGGAGCUCAUAUAAUGACUCAACUUCAGCAUGAUUUACACCUGAAAUCAUAAUCUUAAGGAUUAGGUGAGUAGUUAGAAUCCAAAAAACAUUCUUAUAGAAAACAUCCUGUUUCCUGAUUGAUCUACUAUAUUAAAUAUAAAGGAUAAAUCAGAAUCCACGCUGAAUAAAUGAAGACCUUUUCAACUCUCAAGAAAAAUGAAUAUUCUACUAGAAAUUGUUGAAAAUCAAAUAAAAGGUUUAAAACUCUUUGAUGAAGUACAAUAUUUGGAAGUUUUUCAAAUAGAAUGAGUACGAUAAUUUAUUUCCCACCUUGUAUAUGUUUGAGCUACGCAUAAAGACAUCUAAUUUCAAUAAAAAUAAUUCUCAGUCAAUUUCGUGAUUGUAUAUUGAUGCUGUGCUAGAUCCAAUGAUAUGAUUACUUGUUUUUUAUAAUAUUACUUCACAUACACACGAAAAUGGCGAUUUAUCUCUAAAUUGAAACAUCCUGUAUAUAUCACAAUCAGCAUUGGAAGUAUCAAUUGACAAAUUAGAAUUAUUGAUUUAUGUCAAAUUACAGACUAUGGAUGAGAAUUUUAUGUUUCGAUAUAUUUCCGAUAAUAAAUUAUAUUUUAAUGAAGUGUUCGAUACUUUUUUACAUAAUAUGCGGUAACUUUCGCAUUGAUAUAUCUAACUUUAUAUAAUAAAAGAACCAAAGCUGCUGCCUUGAUCUGUUUUUGACUGACAGUGGCAAAAAUUAAUUUAUAAAAUAUCUCAUCAAUAUUGUUAUAAAUAUACUAUUUCUAAGUAUUUAUUGUUAACAAUAAAGUCGAUUAACACAAAUA